AUGGCAAGUGGACGUGACUCACAAUUUGAUACUCCUUCAUGGCUUGCCUUCCCAGCCCCCAGUGACACUUGGUUUGGCGGAGUAGCUGGUGCUGGUAUUGCGCAGCAGACGGUCAUGAAAGCCAUAGUCCGCAUACCGAGGCUAUGGCGCCUCGUGCACCGUUUUCGACUUCACCCUGGUGAGAAAACGGAUCGAGCUGCUGCAGAGUUAGGAGCAGAAUUAUUCAAGCUAAGUCUUGAACCUUGGAUUGUCAAGCUUAUCAACUCACAAGUCUUGAUUGUGUCCCAUCACGAGAAGCCAAAUGCCGAUUCUGAGUACCUAAGGCUGUUCUCAUUCAAAAUCCCAUCAGUGCGUAUGCUCUGUCUCCUGUUCGACUACUGGCAGUCGCGCAUCCUCAUCUGUGGUUGUCUUCAAACCCUGUUCAGCCUAUCUCCAAAUGCGUUCACGGAUUGGCCCUUCAAUAUCACGGCUGUGCAACAUGCAGACGUCGUGGCCGCAAGUAAUCUCAUGGCAUGCGCCGAUGAGAUGUCCGCACUAGGCAACAUUGCACCAAUUGCACGGUUACGCUUCAGUCCUACAACUAUGAACGCCUUCAGUGCUUGGAACCGACUUGAACGGAGGGCUCGCAGGCAGGUAGCUCAGUCACCUGGCGAGGAUGCCGAACACAAACGGAUUGCACUUGCCGCCGCACAGAUGCAGCGGCGUUGCUGCGGGCUUAUGAGCAGAUGGAUAGACUUUUGGAAGCCAAGGGAUGAUGGGUCUGAACUGGAGCGUUUUCAUUGUCAAAUGCAGAUUCACUGUGAAUUUAUGGAGUGCGGCGAGGUCCCGGUGUAUUUGAGACAAGUUCCUGCGUUGCGGACACAAGACAUAUCUUAG